CCGAAAUUUCAGUUAUUGUUUUUGCGUGUUUUUUUUGUUUUUUUUAAGAUUGAGCAAAAAGGUAAAGCUACCAUGGCGGAGCCGGUAGUGAUAGGGGGUAUGGUGUUGGAUAUAAAUUGCAGUCCUUCUGUUCCUGUUAAUCCCGGAACAACCACUCCUGGCAAGAUUGUCUAUACAUUAGGUGGUGUGGCAAGGAAUAUUGCCGAGUGCAUGUCAAAGCUUGGAGCAAAGCCAUACCUGAUAAGUGCUGUAGGAUUUGACAUGGCAGGAAAUUUGCUAUUGGAACAUUGGAAAUCUGCAGGAUUAUCUAUAGAAGGCAUUCGAAGACAUCACAGUAUUGAGACUGCUACGGUUUGCCACAUUUACGAUAGUAAAGGAGAAGUGGCAGCGGGUGUUGCUAAUUUCGAAGCUGUUGAGAAAUUUCUCACAUCGGCAUGGAUACAGAACUUCAAAUGCAAUAUUUCGUCUGCACCAGUAUUGCUGCUAGAUGCAAACUUGAAUUCCUUGGUUCUGCAAGCAUCAUGUCAACUUGCAGCAGAAUGUAAUACUCCAGUGUGGUUUGAGCCUGUCUCGGUUGUGAAAUCCAGAAGAAUUGCUUCAGUUGCCAAUUAUAUUACAUUUGCAUCACCUAAUGAACAUGAGCUAAUAUCCAUGGGAAAUGCGGUGGCGAAUGCUGAUAUAUUCCAGCCUAUAAAAAACGCUGAGGGCAGCCAAAAGCUUUCUGUAGAAACUUUGUUUCAAAGGCUAAAACCUGCAAUUACGCUCCUGCUAGACAAAGGUGUCAAAGCAUUGAUCGUCACUAUUGGCUCAGACGGGGCGUUCUUAUGCUUCAGAGGGACGGGUAGCAUCAACAAACUUGGUUUCACGGGAAACCAACCUUCACCCUUUAGCAAACAACUAUAUGAAGCUGUAACCUCAAAGUGCCCCCGAGAUCAUAUAUUCAAUACUUCCAAGCGUGACUCGAGCUCCAACAUGUUUGCUGUGCAUUUCCCCACGCUGUCCACAUCCGUUGCAAGGCUUACAGGGGCCGGGGAUUGCUUGGUUGGUGGGACCCUGGCGUCCUGGUGCGCUGGUCUAGACGUCAUGCAGAGUUUGGCAGUUGGGAUUGCGGCCGCCAAAGCUGCAGUUGAAGUAGACAGCAAUGUGCCUGCAAAGUACUCUUUAGCCAAACUCGCAGAUGAUGCGAGGAUUAUAUAUACUGGUGCGAGAACAAUCUUUUGCCCGUCAAUGUUGUAGAUUGCCCGCAGCAUACUAGCUGUUUAUGCUAAAAUUCAUUGGAGUCCUACAAAUUCAUUACUCAAUUUGAUGAAUAUAUGAUGGAUGAAUGGAUCUGAUAUGACUGAUAAAUUUUACUUCGGAAUGUGAUGAAUUUAACUUCAAAGUUUGAUGAAUAUGUUUUAUAUUUGGUCUCAUAGUA